UAACGCAGAAAGGUUCAGUGUAGUGUUUUCUAUCGACAAAACAAUAAACGAAGUAAUUGUCUUAGUGGCCUUUUUUCAUUUUUUUGGUUUGAAAUGGCUGGAAAAGGUGACGGUGAAGGUGAAGGAAACGUUCUCAAAUUGGAAAAUCAAAUUCUUGUCAUCAAAUAUGUGAUUCUCUUCACGAACAUCAUCCUCGCAAUGAUCGGCCUGAGUUUGCUCGUCUUAUGUAUCUGGCUGAGAGUGGAACCUGGAAUUGCCGAUUUUUUGGACAAGUUGGAUGGGACUGAUUUCUACAUUGGGUUGUACGUUUUGAUCGUCUGUGCUAUACUUGUGAUGAUCAUCUCGGUUAUUGGAUGUGUGAGCGCCUUGCAAGAGAGUGGUUUAGCUCUAUUGGUGUAUAUCGGAACUCAGGUUUUGGGCUUCAUCUUUGGUCUAGCUGGAGCUGCAGUCCUUUUGGAUAACAGCGCAAGGGACUCACAUUUCCAACCAAAGGUCAGGGAGAGCAUACGAAAACUUAUUAUCAACGCUCAUCACGAGCCAUCCAGGCAAGCGCUAGCCAUGAUUCAAGAAGGUAUUGGUUGCUGCGGUGCUGAUGGGUCCAAGGACUAUCUUUCCUUGAAGCAACCGUUGCCGAAUGAAUGCCGCGACAGUGUGACCGGAAAUCCGUUCUUCCAUGGCUGCGUGGACGAAUUGACGUGGUUUUUCGAACAGAAAUGCGCUUGGGUGGCUGGCCUCGCCAUGACAAUCUGCUUCUUUUACGUCAUAAACAUUGUCCUAGCUACCAUUUUGAGAGCUGCUCUGGAGAAAGAAGAGGAACAAUCCCAAACCUACAGAAAAUAAUAAUUAAUUUGUCGUAAACGCAAGAAACAAGAUAAAUGUCCUUUGAAAGAUUUUUCAUUUUCUUUUCCGGAGUAAAUAUUUUCAUGACACAAAAUAAAUUCAGUAGCAUUUUUACUUGCGUUUACUUUUUUAUUCAUUCUCUAAUUUAAUUAUUACUGUUUUUUUUAUAAUUUAGUUUUAGUUUGAUAUAGUUGUGAGUAAUGACCAUAGGUAAUGACGUAAUUAUGUAAGGAGUGAUGUUUGACGAUAUUUCAUGUGGAAACAUCACGAAAUAGCUCUGUCAUGUAUAACAAAGGUAAUAAAUAAUAGUGGUUUUGAGCCUA